AUGGGGUCUGUCAACACGCCGGCUAAUCCAAAGACGCGUGCGACCUCACUGAGGGCCUGGCUACAUUCUCACCAUCCCUCACACAAUCAUAUCUCCCCUCAUACGUCGGGACGCACCCGGCCACGUAUGGGGUCUGUCAACACGCCGGCUAAUCCAAAGACGCGUGCGACCUCACUGGGGGCCUGGCUACAUUCUCACCAUCCCUCACACAAUCACAUCUCCCCUCAUACGUCGGGACGCACCCGGCCACGUAUGGGGUCUGUCAACACGCCGGCUAAUCCAAAGACGCGUGCGACCUCACUGGGGGCCUGGCUACAUUCUCACCAGCCCUCACACAAUCACAUCCCCCCUCAUACGUCGGGACGCACCCGGCCACGUAUGGGGUCUGUCAACACGCCGGCUAAUCCAAAGACGCGUGCGACCUCACUGGGGGCCUGGCUACAUUCUCACCAGCCCUCACACAAUCAUAUCUCCCCUCAUACGUCGGGACGCACCCGGCCACGUAUGGGGUCUGUCAACACGCCGGCUAAUCCAAAGACGCGUGCGACCUCACACUGGGCCUGGCUACAUUCUCACCAGCCCUCAUACAAUCAUAUCUCCCCUCAUACGUCGGGACGCACCCGGCCACGUAUGGGGUCUGUCAACACGCCGGCUAAUCCAAAGACGCGUGCGACCUCACUGGGGGCCUGGCUACAUUCUCACCAGCCCUCACACAAUCACAUCUCCCCUCAUACGUCGGGACGCACCCGGCCACGUAUGGGGUCCGUCAACACGCCGGCAAAUCCAAAGACGCGUGCGACCUCACUGGGCCUGGCUACAUUCUCACCAUCCCUCACACAAUCACAUCCCCCCUCAUACGUCGGGACGCACCCGGCCACGUAUGGGGUCUGUCAACACGCCGGCUAA